UGGGAGACCGGAUAUAGUGAAUGCAGGGUCUGGGGAGAGCGGAUAUAGUGAAUGCAGGGUCCGGGGAGAGCGGAUAUAGUGAAUGCAGGGUCCGGAGAGACCAGAUAUAGUGAAUGCAGGGGUCCGGGGAGAGCGGAUAUAGUGAAUGCAGGGUCCUGGGAGACCGGAUAUAGUGAAUGCAGGGUCCGGGGAGACCAGAUAUAGUGAAUGCAGGGUCCAGGGAGAACAGAUAUAGUGAAUGCAGGGUCCGGGGAGACCAGAUAUAGUGAAUGCAGGGUCUGGGGAGACCGGAUAUAGUGAAUGCAGGGUCCGGGGAGACCAGAUAUAGUAAAUGCAGGGUCCGGGGAGA